GGUGUCACGUCACUAUGUUAAUGCCAGUCUCUGUGUACUGAAAUAGCCCUGCACUGCAGGGAUGUCAUUUAUAAAGGAGGCACAGUGACACCAAAGGAUUUUCUUAGCUUGUUUAUUGUGCUGGUAUGAAGGGAAUGUUUGAUCCGUAGACUUCGGAAAUACUACAGAAGAGCCGUUGUUUCUGGCCACUGACAUGCUGAAAUGAGCAUGCAGCAUUCCCGCUGCCUCCUCGCUGCAAUUAGACAAGCUACUGCACCCCCCUCCAUUUCUACUUUAAAUAACAAUAUGGCCUCAGAAGAACAUUGUUAAUUACCCAUGUGUUCUAUAGCAAAAGUGUUACACAGUACAACCUGCAAUUCUCUUUUUACAGAGAGUCUUCCCACCAUUGCUGAUGUGACUUACUUGUUGUUUUUAUGUCACAGGACUCAACACCUACUGGGGAGGUUGAUGUGGACUUCACCCUGCACACCCAGGUGGUCCUUCCUGGAGCAUGCUUGUGUCCUGCAAUGUCCCUACUCACAGACUGGCUGCUGCGCCACUCAGUGGUCAUGUGUCUGCUGCUGCACAGCCUGGUGCUAAUGACCUUCUGCUUCCACCAUGCUGCCACCAGUUGCUCCAAGAGCUGCUAUUGCUCUGAGAGCGAGAGCAACGGCAAGACGGUGCGCUGCAGCAACCUGCAGCUCACAGAGAUCCCACAGGACAUCCCCAAUGACACACGACGCAUCUACCUGGACUUCAAUCUCUUCACUACAGUCCCAACAAAUGCUUUUGCAGGUUUACCCCAUCUGGUUGAACUGGAUCUAUCACACAAUGAAUUAAGCCAGCUAGAACCAGGGGCGUUCCGAGGCCUGGGCUCCUCACUACAGUUUUUGGACCUUUCUUCCAACAAGUUAGUAAACUUUAACCCUGAGGCCUUUGAGGGCCUUCGGGCUCGCGCCAAUCUAACAAACAAUCCAUGGCACUGUGACUGCAACUUACAGAUGGCCAUGCCUCGUGUGGACCUGGAACCUGCAUCACUAACAGGCAUUGUGUGCCAGACUUCAGAUCCAGAGGAAAUAGGAGUUCAAGGACUUGCCUUCCUGUUGGCACCAGACAUAGACCUAUGUGUGGUGAUGAAGAGGACUACAGAUGUGGCCAUGCUGGUCGUCAUGUUUGGCUGGUUCACUAUGGUCAUCUCCUACCUGGUCUACUAUGUCAGGGCUAACCAGGAGGACGCCCGCAGACAUCUGGAGUACCUCAAGUCAUUGCCCAGCAGACAGGGCAAGUCUGAGGAGUCUUCCACCAUCAGUACUGUGGUAUAGGACUAAUGGAGCUAGACAUGGGGCCUGAAGUUGUAACCUACACCAAAACAGGAUGGAGCUGCAAGCUGCAAGUACACAGUCAUAUUAAGUCUCAGACAGUUUUGACCAUCUGAUGUCACAGAGUCAAGGUGGGCUACAAGACAUAUGCCUGCGCAAGAAAACCAGGCUGAUGCAACCUAGCCCAGAUGAAUAAUUCAUCUUUCAGCAGGCCCAUUAGGAGUUUUUGUUGGCUGAGCUGAUAGUCUAGUCUGUGCGGAGUAAAAGCAGCUGCGUGUUUUUGGCGAACUCCAAAUAUGGGAUACAAAUGGGAUUUAUCCAGUGGUGCGUGCACCUCGAUGAACCUCUUUCACAAACAGACAAUUCAGGAGACAACGUCAAACAGCAAUAUGAACAGUGGGGUAAAGGCAACACUAGAACGAGUUGGACCUUUGUGUACUGUUUUCCAUUAAAAUCAGUAUUACAGUAUUCACCAGUAUAUAACAAGUAAAAUGAGGUUUUCCAUUUAAA